GAGCGAGCGCAAAAGCGGCAGGCAGGCGGGCGGGCGGGCGGGCGAGCGCCUCGCAGCAGCAACGCCGCGCGGCAGCCGAGGACAACGAGCCCGCGAACCUCAGCUUCUUGCGGGGCUCGGGGUCCAGUUGUCGGCUGGCCAUGAGGCGGAGCCCGCCUCCCUGCGAGCCGAGUCCAUGAGCGGCGGGCCGCCGAGGGAGCUUCGGGCGCGCCUCGCCCGCGGCCGCUCCAGCGCCGGGCAGCAACUUUCCCGCAAGAUGUGAGCCGGGCGCGCGGGGUGUCCUCCCUCCUUGCGUCGCUGCAGCAGCCGGCUGGCCGCCCGUCAUGUCCCCCCAGUGACGGAUUGACCCGGCCGGCCAGGGAACGAGGAAAGGAGCGGGCGGCGGCGGGAUGUUCGGGCUGGAGCAGUUCGAGCCGCAGGGUAGCGGCAGGAGCGGCGAGCGCGGCGGCGGCGGCGGCGGCGGCUUCGGCCCGAGCAUGGGCUCGCACUUCAAGCCGUCCCCUUUCCACGGCGGGACCCCCGGAGGCGAGUCGGGGACCCUGGGCGCCCUGAGCGAGCCCUCCUCGGCCAUGCUGGCCAUGAACUUGAACUUGCCCGGGGAGGCGUACGGCUUCCACGCCUCACGCGGGGGCCACGCGGAACUGCAGCAGGCCCAGCCUGUCCACGGGUUCUUCGGCAGCCAGCAGCCUUCGCACGGCGCCCACCAGCCGCCGCCGCCGCACUUCGGAAGCGGGGGCUUCGGGUCCGAGCCGAGCGCCUCCUGCCUUCACGGCGGCCGGCUCCUCAGCUACCCAGGCGGCCAGCAAACCUUCGCUGCUGACGGUUACGAACAGCAUCUGGCUGAGGGCCAGGCAGGCGGGGACGGCUUCGGGCAGCAGAGGGCAGGUCCCCUCCAGGACUUCCAGCCGCAACAGCAGCACCAUAAUCCAGGCGUGCCGGCCCCCUGCCUCCCGCUGGAUCAGUCGCCCAACCGCGCGGCCUCCUUCCACGGCCUGCCAGGGGCCGCCACCUCGGAGCCGCACGGCCUCGACUCGCAAAGGCGCCUCCCCAGCCAAGGAGCGGCCGCGGUGGAGUCCCUGGAGUACAGUUACCCGAGCAGCGAGAGUCAUUUCGACCUGCCCGUCUUCUCGCCGUCGGAGGCCGACGGGCAACUGCCCCACUACGGGGCCAGUAGGCAGCAAGUGCCACCAGGCGGGGGGAACUUUCCCGGGCCCUCCUCUGCCUUGCCCCGAGGGCCCGGCGGCCUAGGCAAGGUGCAUCCCCAGCAGCAGCAGCAGCAGCACGGCGGCGGGGGCGGCGUGUUUUUCGAGAGAUUUGGGAGCGCUCGCAAGAUGUCGGUGGGCCUGGAGCCGAGCCUGGGCGCCGGCAGGCACCCUUUAAUGCAGCAGCACCAGCCGCCGCCGCCGCCGCCGGGGGUCCUGCUGGCCAGACAGAACUCGUGCCCGCCGGCUCUGCCCCGGCAGCAGCCCUGCCCCGAGGGCAACGCGGCCAACCCGGGCCUUCAGGACGGCGGCCCGCUCCUACAAGGCCAGCACGCGCAGUUCGAGUACCCCAUCCACCGGCUGGAGAACAGGAGCCUGCAGCAUCCUUACGGGCCGGGCGAGCCGGUCUUUAGCGUUCACCACCACCCGCCGGCUCAGCAGCCUCCCAACCAGCGGCUGCAACACUUCGACGCCCCUGCAUACAUGAACGUGGCCAAACGGCCCCGCUUCGACUCCUGGAGCGGCGGCAGCGGCGGCGCGGGCAUGCACAGCGCCAGCCUGGACAGUCACCUCUCGCCCUCGGCUGCCUACCCGGGUCUGCCGGGAGACUUCACGCCGCCGGGGCCCGAGAGCUUCCCGCCGCCGGGCGCUGACCACCAGGCGGCUCUGCAGCAGCAGCAGCAGCAGCAGCGCCAGAACGCCGCCCUGAUGAUCAAGCAGAUGGCGGCCUCUCGCAGCCAGCAGCAGCAGCAGCAGCAGCAGCAGCGCCUCCGCCAGCCCAGCCUGCAGCAGCUGAGCCAUCACCACCCGGGUCACCAUCACCACCACCCGGGCCACCACCACGGCGAGCCCGCCUUCGAGGCGCAGGAGGGGGCCUGGUUCCCGGCGCCGCAUCCUCCCUCGGCUGCGCCGGGCGCUGGGGAGUUGCUCUUCCGGCCAGGCGUGGGCGGCAUGCCGGGCUUGCAGGAGCCGCCGGCGCCGCUGCGGAUUCCGCCGGGGGGCGAAAGACACGUGCCCUCGCCGGGCAGCCUGCACGGCCAAUUCGGCCUGAGUCCGCCCUUGGAGCGCAGCAGGCCGGGCCCGCCGGACUUCGCGGCCCAGCAGGGCUUCCCCUUCGGCGCCUCCAGCCGCCAGGCCACUCCGCACAGCGCCUCGCCCGCCUCCUACGGGCCCCCGACGGACUUCCAGCCCUCUGGGCCGCCGCCUCAGCCGCCCCGGCCGCCGCAGUCCAGCAACAAGCUGGGCGCGUUGUCUCUCGGCUCCUUCUCGAAAGGGAGCGUGGUGGGCGGGGUGGCGGGGCCUCCCGGUAGCGGCGCCAGCAGCAGCGGGGCCCCGGGCCCCAAGGAGAGCAGCGGUCUCUUCGGGCAGAGCUGCCUGGCGGCCCUCUCGACGGCGUGCCAGAACAUGAUCGCCAGCCUGGGCGCGCCCAACCUCAACGUCACCUUCGGCAAGAAGGGCGCUCCGGCUGCAGUGAGCGGAGGCGUCGGGGCCGGGAGCGAAGGCCCCAAGCGUAGCAAGCUCGGCCCGGCCGAGCCUCCCGAGCCAGGCAGCGGCGGACCUCAGCCGCCCGCUGCGGCCCCGCCGGCCCCGGGCGAGAGCGGCCUGUCCCCCAAUUACUCGCCCGGCCCGGGCCCCGACGCCAAGGCAGGAGGCGUGCGGGGUCGGGGGCGCAGGAAACGGGACAGCGGGCAUGUCAGCCCAGCCGCCGGAGCGGGCGGCGGCGGCGGCUUUUUUGACAAGUACGGCCCCCCGGCCGGGGUGGAAGGCGGUAGUCCCGGGCAGGGGACAGAAAGGGGAGGCGGCACUCCGCAACUCCACGAGCCCCACAAGGCACUGAGCUCGCCCCCUUCGGCUUGGGCCAAGGGAGGCGGCGGCGACCUCCUCCUCCCGCUGCCGCCGCCCCCGCCGCCUCUUUCCGAGCAGCCCGAGCUGCUGCCCUCCCUGGAGAAGGCGGAUUCCUGCUCGCCCCGCGGCGCAGGUGACUUCCCCGACGAGGCCGGCAACGAGGACGAGGUGUCGUCGAGUUCCGACAACCAGCUGGCCAAGGGCUGCCCGGCGGGGCGCAGUCCGGUGCAGCCCCGUCCGGGGGACCACGCACUACUGAACGGACAGAAGGCCUCCCUGGCCCAGCUCAGCCUCCACGCCGGCGGAGGCAGCAACUCUACCUCCAGCCCCGACAGCUACGGCGGCGGCCCCCCCACCAGCGCCGGCGGCCCGGUCCAGGACGAGAUCCACCCGCUGGAGAUCCUGCAGGCGCAGAUCCAGCUGCAGCGGCAGCAGUUCAGCAUCUCCGAGGACCAGCCUCUGGGCCUCAAGAGCGCCAAGAAGCCCCCCGACGGCCCCGCCGGAGCUGGAGGCGGCAGCACCCAGAACGGCGACAGCGCCGAGCUGAGCAGCUGCUGCGCCGCCGCCGCCGAGAGCGGCAAGGGAGCCAUGAGCACCAUCGACCUGGACUCGCUGAUGGCCGAGCACUCGGCCGCCUGGUACCUGCCCAGCGACAAGGCCCUCCUGGAGGGGCAGGACGACGACGACAAGGCCCUGGCGCCCUGGGAGAAAGCCAAGUCGCUCAACCCCAGCAAAGAAGCCCACGACCUCCCCUCAAGCAAGACCUCGGCCGCGGCACAGAGUGGCAGCCAUUUGCAGUGCCUUUCUGUCCACUGCACGGACGACAUGGGCGAAGCGAAGGGACGGACUGCAGUGCCAACGUGGAGAUCCCUGCACUCGGACAUCUCGAACAGAUUUGGGACUUUUGUGGCUGCCCUGACUUGAAGAAGAAGGGGGGGGAGGAGGAUCUUUUCUUUUCUCUUUUCUUUUCUUUUUUUGUUUAAAGGGCCACUCCUGCGAGUUGGACUCUUUUUCUAGGUUGGUACCUGCUUAGCGGCAUAGAGACUGGAAAGGGUUAAUUUAAAAUAAAGCUCACCAUGAUUUUUUAAAAAACACCUCUCACCAUGGUAUGUUACUACUGCCACCCACCCACCCCCAGGAGGACUGAUCUCAGUGUGCCUUGCUAGCUGAGGCCUUCCUUGUCUCUCUGUAUUCUGUGGUGAGGCAAGGCGGUUUUACUUUGUACACAUUCCCCCGCCAUGCUUUGUUCUGUCCUUGAAGUGAAAUUGCCACCCUAAAGCCACCGAAUGGAUGAUGAGCUUUUGUGCAUCUCCUGCAAGCCAAGUCCAGGAUUCAGCCUGUGCUGUUUCUUUCUAGAGAGCGAAACUAGGAGGGGGGGAGGGGGAAUGUUCCUGCUGCCUGUCUGCUUUUCUGUCACAGAGUCUCAUCCCCCAUUCUUCUUGGAGCAGCCAGAGGGGCCGCCAGAGCCAUUUGCCCAAGCAGGGGACAGAGCCAAGUGUCUCCGUGGCAGCUUCCCUCCAAGGGCACCGAUUCUUCCAUCUCACCCAAGGCCUGUGAGGAGGCAGAGGGUGACUUUCCUUCUUCCUCGCAGAAUUUGUCUCGGCUGAGCUCAGUGUUGUUCCUGGUUGUGUGACAAGUGUAUGCUUCCUUACAGGCGUGCAUUGCUAAAGCAAUUGAAACAGGGAUUUAUUAAAUUUUAUUUUAAAAACCUAUUGUCAUCCUGUGGAACCGGGCUGAGGCAGCUGAGGGCAGGAGCGGCUGCUGAAUCCUGCAAGCUCUUCUAGGGCAGGGCUAAGCUGUGACCCUGUGGCAGAGCUGAAAAGCUGGGCAGGCCCCCCUCUCUCUUGUGGUGCUGGAAGGUGCUAGUUUCAUUGGUGGUCAGUCCCCCCAACUUCUCUGCAUUUGCUGGGAUCCAAAGUGACGGGGCCCUCAUCAUUUGGGGCAGAUUUAGCACAGGCCAACCAACCAUUGGCUGGAGUCUAAUGGAGCCCCUGGCUUUUAGAGGAGUGUUCCAGAGGAGCGCGUCCUGUGCCCCUGUGCCAUUUACCCAGGGAACCCUAAAAAGAGAUGGCACGCAGUCUGCUGCCCUCCCAUCACUUUUAAGUAGCAUUGGCACUACUGAGUGGCUUUUUCCAGUCCCUCCGCCUCUAGGGUUUGAGCAAGGCCAGCGCAAGACAUUCUGCCCAGGUAGUCUGAGGUUCUGCAGAACCUCCCGGCUGACUAUGUCUUGCUCUGGUGAAGAACCCUGGGGAACCUAAGGUCUUUGGCAGACUGGGGCAUUUGGAGCCAGGGGAUCAAAAUAUUUUCUGUGCCUCUGCCGUUUUCCAGUGUCCAAAAAUAGCUCUUAAAUUUUAAGAGUAGCACAAGCGCUCUCUGGGGCCACCGCACUAGAAUAUGUCACUGCAGAAGGACCUUGCUCAGAGCAAGUCCUGGGUGGUCCAGUGCCACCAGCAAGUCCUGUGGGAGCACUGCUAGUGGGGCACUCGAUGACAGGCAGGUGCAGGGCAGACUGGCAUGGGGGGGACCAUUUGCCACCCCUCCCAGUCCACUGCCUGAGGCAACAGUUGCUGGGUAGUUAACACAUGGACUGACCUUAUUUGGGCAAGUGUGUGUGAGAGAGAAUUUGGAAAGGCCCUUGGAAAACGCCCAAAAUGUGUUGGUAAGGCCACAUGAGAUUUAGAAAGCCACUUGAGUGAUGUGGGUGUCUGCCACAGUCUGCAGUUCCUUUUGUGAUCCAGUUCCUGCUGCUUCCCUCCAUGCACUUCAAGGACUCUCCUGUCUGUCUGUGCCUCCCACCCUGCUCUCUCUCUCUCUCUCUCUCUCUCUCUCUCUCUCUCUCUCUCUCACUCUCACUCUCACUCUCACUCUCUCUCUCUCUCUCUCUCUCUCAUGCCCACAUGAGACCCCUUCUCCCCUCCCAUGGGCCAGAAGAGGCAGGCUGAGCGUGAUUCGCAGGCUGGACACAUUUUGGAUUCAAAAGGGCUUAAUUCCAUAGCCACCUUUAAAGCAGGGUGCCUGUUGCCUUAGCUACUUGAAGCUGCCUGGGCGAGUGGUCACUGGCUGGCAUUGCCUUGAUUCUCACAGCAAAGGGAAGCCCUAAGAUGUCAAGGACUUGUUGGUCUUCAGCUCAGCCUUCCCCAGAAAGAGUCUGCUAGCUUCCAUCUGUCUGGGCCAUUGCUUUUCAGGCACAGGCUGUUGCUGCAACUUGAUCUCCUCCCAAGCCCUUGGGGUCUCUCCCCCCCCCCCCCAUAUCAUACUUUAAAGCCGUGUAAAUGUUGAGGUAAUGGGAACGGAAAGUUGUGGAGGGGAAAGGCACCUCCUCUGCCUGCUUUUGGGCAGGAUGUAUUACAGCUAGGCAGCAGCAGUCCCCAGCCAGCAAGUCUGUGUCCUGGGAUGAAGGAAAGGCCCUUUUAGGCUCUGGGCAAGGCAGUUCUUUCAACCUUUGCCUCACUGACUGCAUUUUCCUGACUUUCUAUUCUGAGCUUCUGGUUAGUUUCCUUUAAUUGGAGGAGGCCACCUCCUCUUUCCUAAACCCAAGAAAUUCAAAUGAAAGCAUUUUAAAUGUCUACUCCAACUUGUGUGAAAUUAUUUUCAUGUAGGUAAAGCUAGAUUUUACAUUUUCUUCCUUUCUCCCUGUGAAAUGUGCAACUCCAGGCCAGCCAGAGAGUCUUUGGUCCCUUCCACAUGACCUGUUCACUGAGCGUUCGUUCUGACUUGUGUGCAGGAUGGGUGAUGGACAUGGUGUCACCUAGCAACCACCCCAUGCUCUCUUGUGUUUUAGGCCAUCACGCUCCUUCUCCUGAAAAGUCUGGUUUUAAGGGCAGUGGGAGUGCCAAACCCACUUGAGUUGUACAACCUGAAUUUGGUUUGUGACUGAAUCCCCCUCCCCCCUGUUGCAGGAGGCAGAUCAAAACACUGCCUUACAGGAAUGAAGGUGUCCCUCCUUGCUUCAGGCACAUUGAAGAGAAGGAAGCAAGGCCUCCUGGGCAGGAGAUCUGCUACUCAGAAGGGCUUGGGUUUCCACCCUUUGGUACCUGCCACCUCUGGGCGAAUGGGCUGGGGGAGCAGAGCUGGAGGAGCUCCCCCCCCCUUGAGACCGCACAGGUGAGCUGCUGCUUGCAGUCCCAGUCUAGGAGCACAGUUGGCCUGGGGACAUUCCCAUCAAACCUCAAAAGAUUAUUUUAAACAAGGUUAAUUUGUUUUCUUUUUAAAAUUAUGCUUUCUUGAACAAUCAACACAACUGAAAUUUUAAGUGUUUAAAGAAUAAGAAAAUUAUUCAAGAACAAGAAAUUAAUGAUGAUAACAAAAUAGGAACUUUAAAAAUCAUCCAGUAGAUUAAACUCUCAUUCAGGCAAUUGGGGGGUGGGAGUUUCCAAAUUGAAAUCUUUUUCAUUGUCAGAAAGUACUUUUGCAGCUAAGUAAAUGGAUCUCAGCAAACUCCUGCCGACAGUUUCCUGUUUGGUACCCCACCCCAUGCAAGUUGGAAAUCACAAGAAACUGACUGUAGGCCCUCGUAUUGGGGAGAGAUGGCUGUUAGGUGGCUUGCCCUAAUUGGCACUUGGGCACGGAGGACAGUCUGCUUUCAUGACAUCCAGAAAAUCCUCUCCAAAGCUGGAUGUUCCACUUACCAGCCUGGCUGUUCCUUCUGAAAAGCAGGGCUUCUGUCAGAACCAUAAUCAGGUUAAUUUGAAACAAAAAAUAAAAAAAAAUUCCUUCCAGUAGCACCUUAGAGAACAACUAAGUAUGUCAUAGGUAUGAGCUUUUGUGUGCAUGCACACUUCUUCAGAUACACACGAAAGCUCAUACCAAUGACAAACUUAGUUGGUCUCUAAGGUGCUACUGGAAGGAAUUUUUUUAUUUUUUGUUUCGACUAUGUCAGACCAACACGGCUACCUACCUGUAACAGGUUAAUUUGCUCUGACAUUGGUCUGAUUCUCUGCACGCUGCAGAACCCUCUUUCCUUGAAUUCUUAGAUUUUGCCUCGCUUCAAUAGGAAGUCCGGAACUGUUCAGCAGAAUUCUUUCUCUUCCGGUGAAAACUGACCUGCAAUAAACCAGAAACAUUGGACAACUCAUUUCUGCAGAGAGAUUCUAAGAUUAAAUUUAAAUUUCAGGGGACUCCCACUUUGCUGCUUUGUCUGUGUUCACCCCCCCCUAAAACAACUGCAGCUUUAAAAACAGUUUUUAUAGACAAAAUGAUGCUAUUACUUUGUAUUGAAUCUAAUUCCUUAAAAAGAAAUCCCUUCCCCAAUCCCUCGCAAAUCCUUACUGCAUAGCAAAUUCAGCCUGACAAACAUUAUUGCACAUGUAAGAUAUGAAUGUGGAGGGCAAUCCGUAAUCUAGCCUUUCCCCUCCCUCCUCUCGCCCCCCUCCCCUUUCUGGAUUUUUUGUUUAAAUUCAUUUUUCAAUGCUUGGUUGGAAGACUGUGACAAAAGCUCAUGAAAAGUGAGUGUUAUUUUUUCUUUUUUAAAAUAUGUAAAGUGCAGUCUUCUGUAUUCAUGCAUAUUGUAUAUAUCUGUAUAUGUUUUACUGAGCAACUAAAUAACAAUAAAUAUGAUGUUAAUGGUGA